AGCACCAGCUGCCAUUCACUGAGCAACCUUCCCAAGAAGAUGCAGCCACUCCUGCUGCUGGUGGUCUUUCUCCUGCCCCCCAGGACUCAGACAGGGCAGAUCAUCGGAGGCCGCGAAGCCACGCCCCACUCCUGCCCCUACAUGGCUUAUCUUCGGGUCCAGACCCCAGUGGGGACCGUCAGUUGUGGGGGGUUCCUGGUGCGAGAUGACUUCGUGCUGACAGCAGCUCACUGCCAUGGAAGCUCUAUAGUGGUGACCUUGGGGGCCCACGACAUUGGGGCUCAAGAAAGGACCCAGCAGCGCAUCCCUGUGAGCCAAGCCAUCAGACACCCUGACUAUAACCAGCAGGAACUCCAGAAUGAUAUCAUGCUCCUAAAGCUGCAGAACAGUGCUCGGCGGAAUUCAGCUGUGUGGCCUGUGAGUCUGCCCAUGACCCCAAACAACCUGCCUCUGGGGACCAGGUGCUCAGUGGCUGGCUGGGGCCUGGUGGGCCUGAACAGGAGGACAGAGAAGCUCCAUGAGGUGCAGCUACAAAUAGAGUCGAACCAGGAGUGCAACCAGCGCUUCAGCUUCUUCAAUCUCCACACACAGAUUUGUGUGGGUGACUCCAGGGAGAGGAAGAGCGCCUUCAGGGGAGACACUGGAGGGCCCCUGGUAUGUAACAGAGUGGCCCAGGGCAUUUUCUCCUAUGGAAACAGUGUGGGGAUUCCUCCAGCCGUGUUUACCAGGAUCUCCAGCUUCAUACCCUGGAUAAAUAGAACAAUGAGGCGGUUCACACAGUCAGACUGAGACCCUCCUGUGACUGUUCUGCUUUGGGGCAGAGUGUUG